GUCGACGAGAAACUCUCAGGCCCCUCCGCACACGGACAUUCGCGGCUCCGCCUUGAACCUCGUCCUCCGCGCGAUUGGCUGGAAGGGGCUCCCGCGGGGCGGAAGCCUUCCGGCCAUUGGCCCGAACUCUCGCGAAGGAGGUGGAGGCUACGUUUUGAUUGGUCCGCGCCCUCAAAGCAGGCGGGGUGUUCCACCCCAGAUGAUUGGAGGCUCCUUCCUUUCCACGUGGGAGUAGGAGCGAUGGCCAUGGCGGAGACUCAGCCUGGGCCGCCUGCCUCUCUGGACCUGAGGGUAAGAAGGGGAAAGGGCGAGGGAGGGGCGGGAAGCGAGGCAAGGGUGCCCCUGAGCAUGUGCAGACGGCCUUGCUUUGAUCUCUCAGUUCUUGCAGGAACGUUCCUGAAUUUACACCAGCUCAGUUGCUUCAUGAUGCCAGCAUAUAUAUAUUUUUUCUUUUUGUCCAGCCCCAUAAGAUUAUUGAACCCUGUUGUUUAUUGUAUGCGCGUUUGUUUGUUUGUUUGUUUAUUCAGUUUGUAUCUCGGGGUGGCUCACAGCAUAAAAAUGCAAAAUGAAAGCGCAAAAUACGCAGUAAGAAGAAGAACAAAACAAACCAUUUACCGACACCCCCACCCACAAAAAAAAUACAUUUAAAAUGUUAUUUCCUGUUUAUACAACGCUCUUCUUGUCGGUCUUCAUGUCGUAGCUCUUGAUUUUACGGUGGUUUUAUUUUUCAGUGUUGUACUCUAAGAGUAGCUUCUCUUAGUGAUUUUUAAUAUUAAAAGAGUGGUUUACAGAUGCUUUUGACUAAAGAAUGCCAUGCAGGGUUUAAGCCAUUGCCAACUGCUGAUCCCAACAAAUGGGUUCUGGCUGGCUUCUAGGAUGGAGGAUAUUAGGAUAUCCUGUAGGCGAGAAUGAGUCCAGUUUUCUCUUCUUUUUUUCUUCUGUCCUGCCUUUUGAAAACCUUUUGGGUUCUCAUUUGAUUUAUCUCUCCGUUAUCUCUACGGAAGUAGAAAUGGCAUUUGUGUGUGUGUGUGUUAAAGAAAACACACAAAAUCCAAGUUCCUUAUUUUUUCUGCUUGUAUGUUUUUUUAAUGAAGGAUUUGAAAUCCUAAGGACUAUUUUGAAGGGAAAGGGGAUUUUAUACAGAUGUGAUAAUAAGCUGUAAGUAACCUCUCAUACCUAGAAGAACCUGCUUAAAGCUAAUUUUGUUGGUUAGUAACUAAACAGCAAACGUAAUUUAAAAAACCAAAACUUCUGUAUUCUCGCUUUAGAAAUGAGCAGUGCAACUCUGUGCGUGCUUUACUGGGGCUUGUAGAAUUUCAGCUUCCUAAAAUCAGGGGUGCUAAGAUGUUGUAACGUGACUUCAGAAUUCAAAAUAUAGUUUGGUUGAAUUGAUAUAAUUAAGUAUUGCUCGGUAAGUAAAACGUGUGUAAAUUUGCAUAGAAAUCAUUUAAAUGAUUGCCAAGCAUUUGCAGCUAUAUAUUAUUUUUAGACCCAUUUCAGAAUGGUUUCAGAACCAUUUUUUAAGGCAUGGAACGUGUUGCGUUAAUCUAGGCCGUGUUCGCACCACACAUUUAAAGCACGAUGACGUUGCUUUAAACAGCCGUUCACGGUUUUCCCUGAAAUAACUCUAGGAAUUGUAGGCUCUGCGAGGGGAAUUGCAAGUCCCCUAACCCCUCGCAGCACCCUUAACAAACUACAGUUAGCGACUUAAAAGCAUUGUGUGGAUGGGGCCCUUGUCUGGAUGGGACCAUGGCGUGGGUGAUGGUGGCUGGAUAUGCUUUACCAAGGGAUUUUGGGGUGAGGUUCUAACAGAGAGGCCUUUUAGAUGAGGAAAUUGUGCAUUUUGGUGUUGGGAGCAGUGAGGCAGGGGAGAGGUUGAUGGGGGAGAGAAGCCAAACCUUCUGUGCUCCAGAGAUUUUGGACCAAAACCUCCAUCGUUCCUGGCGGCUGACUGUUCCUGGUGGGGUUUGUCUUCCAUAUCUGGAGGGCUUUAAUAAUAAUAAUAAUAAAAUUUAUUUAUAUCCCGUCCUCCCCAGCCGAAGCCGGGCUCAGAGCGGCUAACAACAGUAAAAUGAUAAAACAUUCUAAAAUCAUUUCAUUAUAAAAUUAAUUCCAAUCAGAUUAAUGGCAACCAAUUGGGCUAGAGUUCUAGGAGGAUUGCCAAAGGAGGGGGUCAGGCUGUGCCCUGGCCAAAGGCCUGGUGGAACAGCUCUGUCUUGCAGGCCCUGCGGAAAGAUGUCAAGUCCCGCAGGGCCCUAGUCUCUUGGGACAGAGCGUUCCACCAGAUCGGAGCCACAGCCGAAAAAGCCCUGGCUCUAGUUGAGGUUUGUUUAAAAAAAGCCCUGGCUCUUUCUGGUUCGUUAAAAGCUGUGGCAGUGCGUUCUGGGGUUGUUCACCAUUUUUAUGGCCCGUUUGCUUUCCCCCCUUGCUUUGGGAGGGGAUAGGUGCAUAUUUUGAAAAUUUCCCCUCCUUUCUGUUUUCCCCCUUGCUCCAGGAGAGAGUGGAAGCAGAUCUGCCGGCAGCCCUCGGCCUCUUGAAAUCCCUCCAAGACCAGGUGAGGGACACCUUCUUCCUCUUCCCUUUCCCUGCAGGCAUCCCAUCUCCCAUCCCUCUUUAAGCUUCACCAUCUUUCUUACUUUGCCUCUUGCUGGGGUACAGGUGGUUGCGGUGACCCAUCAUGUACAGACUCUGGCGCAGAAGGUUCGGGCAGGGGCCUACCCCACCGAGAAGGUGAGUUGUUCUUGGAGGAAUGUGGGGGUGGGGAGCCUAAUUCGCACCUGGCCCUGGCUUCUCUGUGACUGCUCCAUUUCUUGGUUUGGUGAUGUGAAACCAAAAAAAGGCAGGCGCCUCUGAGCAUGUGAAGAGUGCCCUUCCUGUUACUGUGCUUCGGCUUUGGGGCAGGCCUCAACCCCCAGAGCGUUCAGCUAAGGCAGUCUUCCCCCAAGUUUUAUAAUUCUGAAGUUUGAAUGAUUUUAUGAGGCACUGCUUUGAUAUAUACCGUAUUUUUCGCUCUAUAGGAUUAGGACACAUCCGACCAUAGGACGCACCUUGUUUUAGAGGGGGAGAACAAGAAGAAAAAAAUUCUCCCCCUCUCUGCUUAGCACCCCUUCAGCGAAGCAACAGGAGAAACGGAGCCCCUUCCAUUUCUCCUCCCGCUUGGCUGAAGGGGCGCUGCGCAGCUUUCCCUCUCUGCUGAAGCCAGGAGAGUCUUGCUCUCCUGGCUUCAGCAAAAGGAACCCGAAGCCUUCGGAGCGCAGUGCAAGUUCCCGCUGCGCUCCAAAGGCUUCAGGCGGCUAUCCCUGAAGCCUGGAGAGCGAGAGGGGUUGGUGCGCACCGACCCCUCUCGCUCUCCAGGCUUCGGUGAAAGCAACGCGUAUCCUCCGAAGCGCGUAGGGAGCGCUCCCUCUGCGCUUUGGAGGCUUUGCGUUGCUAUCGCUGAAGCCAAGGAGCCUGCAUUCACCACAUAGGACGCACACACAUUUCCCCUUCAUUUUUGGAUGGGAAAAAGUGUGUCCUGUAGAGCGAAAAGUAUGGUAUAUAUCAAGCUGCCCGUUUAUACAGACAAAACUUUUCUACUUAAUUUUAUUUCAAAAACAAUCCUAUACCACUUGAUUAUUAUUUUUUGCAAACACCUCAAAGCCUUUUACAGAAAGAAUAAAAACGAAAUUUUCAGUUUAAAUAAAUGUUAAAGGUGAUAAAACAUUCAAGAAAUAACCAGAAUCAAUUUUAAAUGGAAAGGCAGAUUAAAAUACGCAUCAACAUUCUGCGUGUCUCGAUAGCCUUGCCUAAAAAAUGUUUUUAGCAAGUGCUGAAAACAGUACAGGAAAGGCCCCUGCCUGGAACCAAUAGGCAGGGAGUUCCAAAGGUUAGUACGAACUGAGUAUUAUGGGACUCGCAACUCCCACCUCUCCCAGCCAUCAUGGCCUCUCAUGAGGGAUGAUGGGAGUUGUAGUCCAAAACAUCUGGGAGGGGCACCUGCAUGGGAGAAGGCUAUCGUAAAGAAAAUACCAUUGAAUUCCCAAGAUAUUGGCCACUGAUCUCUGACUUCAAGUCUUUCUUUCCAGUUAAAAAUGUCCCAUAAUUUCUCUUGCUGGUGUUGGUUAAAUUUAUAUAUUUAACCAAGUCAGACCACAUUGAAUAAUGUGUGUCUUUCCUUGAUAUCUCUGUGUAAAUGAACUUUAUGCCUUAGCUUUUCUGUCAUGGCCAGAAUCCGUGCCACGCCAGAUUUCCCAUGCGCUUCACGAAACCAUCCCUUACUCUUUCUCACUCCCAGGGCCUCAGUUUCUUGGAAGUGAAAGACCAGCUGCUCCUCCUCUAUCUCCAAGACCUCUCUCACCUGAUCCUGGAAAAAACUUCGGGGAACUCCCUGGCUGACAACCCUGCCUUGCUGCGCUUGGUGGAAACCAGAACGGUAGGCGGGGGAGGAGGCCUGGAAUAGGGGGAACUUUUGCAGUGAUGAUUCCUUACUGAAUUGGUUAGUUGCUUUGUUUUGCCCGGGGCGACCCAGGGCAUCUUGAAGCCAGCCAGACAGACAGAUAAUAAAAAAGCUCACAUAGAUAACACAGAAAAAAAGAAAUACGUUAGAAACAUCCCACCCAUUUCUAAAGGCCACAGAUCGUUAAAGACCUCCGGGAAGAGGAAUGUAACGAAGGUGCCUGGGGAGAGUAUUCCACAAAUGGGGAGCCACCACAGUAAAGGCCCUUUCUCGUGUUGCCGCCCUCCAAACCUCUCAUGGAUGAGGCACAUGACAAAGGGCCUCAGAUGUUGAUUGCAGGGCCUGGGUUGGUUCCUAUGAGGAGAGGUGGUCCUUGAGGCAUUGUGGUGCUGAGCCAACGAAGGCCUUAUCGGUCAAAACCAGCAGUUUGAAUUGGGCCUGGAAACUAAUUGGUAGCCAGGAUUGGCUUUAUAUCCUCAAACCGUCUUGCCCCGGUGAGCAACCUGGUUGCGGAAUUCUGCACUACUUGGAAGUUUCCAGGCAGAGGGCCUUCUGGGUAGUAGCGCCCGCCCUGUGGAACACCCUCCCAUCAGAUGUCAAGGAAAUAAACAACUAUCCAACUUGUCGAAGAUAUCUGAAGGCAGCCCUGUUUAGGGAAGUUUUUAACGUUUGAAGUUUUAUUCCGUUUUUAAUGUUCUGUUGAAAGCCGCCCAGGGUGGCUAGGGAAAUCAUAAAUUAUUAUUAUUAUUAUUAUUAUUUCCGAGAGGGACACAGGUGGCGCUGUGGUCUAAACCACAGAGUUUAGGGCUUACUGAUCAGAAGGUCGGCGGUUUGAAUCCCCGCGACGGGGUGAGCUCCCAUGGCUCGGUUCCUGCUCCUGCCAACCUAGCAGUUCGAAAGCACGUCAAAAGUCAAGUAGAUAAAUAGGUACCACUCCGGCGGGAAGGUAAACGGUGUUUCCGUGCACUGCUCUGGUUCACCAGAAGCGGCUUAGUCAUGCUGGCCACGUGACCUGGAAGCUGUACGCCGGCUCCCUCGGCCAAUAAAGCGAGAUGAGCGCCACAACCCCAGAGUCGUCCGCAACUGGACCUAAAGGUCAGGGGUCCCUUUACCUAUUAUUUCUGAACCAUAUACAGAGGCAGCCCUAUGUAUAACACAUUGCAGUAAUCUAGCCUGGAGGUUACCAGAGCAUAGACGGCAGAAGUUAGUCUAUCCUUGCCCAAAGGACGGGCACAGCUGGGCCCCCAGCCAAAGCUGAUGGAAGGCACUUUGACCACCUGAGCCUCAAGGGACAGCAGUGGACCCAGAAGUACCCGCAAGCUGCGUACCCAUUCCUUCAGAGGGAGCGGAACCCCAUCAAGAGCAGGCAAUCUCCCAUCCUUCCAGUCUAGUUUCCCUCUCGCUAAUGGUGCCUCGAUCUUACCUGCAUGCGGGAUACCUGUUGGUCUUUCCACCUGCAUGGCCGAGUUGUAGGGUCUGCAGCGCAGUGUUAAGACCCUUGUUCUGCGUGGAACAUCUCUGCUUCAGUCUCCAGCACCUCCAGAUUAAGGGUGACUCUUUGUAUAUUUGACACUCGCUGUUCCCGCUGCCGAGCUGGACGAAUUGUGGGUCUGUCUCUGAUCAGGCUGCAGGCUGACCCCUCCCUGUCCUUGACAUCUUGGCAGGUCUUGGAGAAGAUGCGUCCCAUUGACCAGAAGUUGAAGUACCAGGUGGACAAACUUGUGAAGGCGGCCGUCACAGGGGCCCUGGGUGAGACAGGCGGACGUUUACAGCUUCAGAGUGGGGAGGAGGGAGGCAGUCCUAGGGCUCUUCUGAGAGUGCAGCCUAAUUUGCAAUCCCGGGACACUGUUUUCUUUCCAGGCGAAAACGACCCGCUGCGGUUCAAGCCGAAUCCUGGCAACCUGAUGAGCAAGGUAUGACAAAUGGGUGCUGGGGGCGGCUUUGGUUCAGGAGCAAGGCCUUCUGGGUUUUCCAGAGGUAGCGGUGGGCUGGGAUUGGUCUGGAGUGGCGUGUCCUUGCUCAUUUUAGUUACACAAAAUAGAAGGGCCUGUUCAGGGCCUGUUGUUUGGCGGGGCCUUAUUGGUGGUGGCACCGUUUCUCUGGAGUUUCCUUUUCGGGGAGCAUGAGAGCUUGCCUCUCCGUUAUUUUCUGACGUCAACCAAACGCAAUACUUUUACCAGAAGCCUUUGUCUACCAUGGGACUUUACAUCUGAGUAAGGUUUUUCUGUAAUUUAGCAGGUUUUUUUGUUCUUAGAUUAGAAUUAAGGAAUUGUUUAAAAAAUUACUGAUUUUGAUGUGUGUGUUUAUGCAUCACUUUUAAAUGAGCCCUUAUGAAAACGUGACAAACUUCAAGAUUCCCAAGUGGUUUAGGUGUGCCUCGUCUCAAUUCAUAGAAUCAUAGCUGUAGAGUUGGGAGGGACCACAAGCUUCAUGUAGUUCAGCCUUCUGCAAUGUAGGAAUCUUUUGCCUACUGUGGGACUCGAACCCACCACCUUGAAAUUAAGAGUCCCGUGCUCUACCGACUGAGCUUCACUUCUAAGAAACUACUUAAAAGCUUCAUUAUUUGUUUGGUCUUUCCUGUUCCUACAUUAAUUCUUGUAUUUGUUGUUACUCUUCCCCUCUCUUACUCUCCGUCCCGUGAAGAAGUUUCCCACUUCCUUCAAGCUACAUUUUGUGGGGGUCUGAUGUAUUUUACGAUCAGCCCUCCCCACCUUGGGUUCUGUAUGUUCUUGAAUUGCAGCCUCCCAUCAUCCCUGGCCAUUGGCCAUGCCGGCUUAGAAUGAAGAGGGUUGUAUCAUUUUUAGAUUGUGAAACACUGGGCAUUGAAUGAUUGUAUUCUGCCCUCCUUGUUACAUCUGUACAGUGCCUCCCCAGCAGAUGCUAGAUAUGCACCAUAUACCGUAUUUUUCGCUCUAUAGGACACACUUUUCCCCCUCCAAAAAUUAAGGGGAAAUGUGUGUGCGUCCUAUGGAACGAAUGCAGGCUCCUUGGCUUCAGCGAUAGCAAUGUGAAGCCUCCGAAACGCAGAGGGAGAGCUCCCCCUGCGCUCCGGAGGCUUCGCGUUGCUUUCGCUGAAGCCGCCUAAAGCCCCCGGAGCGCAGCGGGAACUCCUGCUAUCCGCAAGCAGGAGUUCCCGCUGUGCUCUGAAGUCUUGCGGAUAGCCGCCUGAAGCCUGGAGAGCGAGAGGGGUCGGUGCACACCAAUCCCUCUUGCUCUCCAGGCUUCGCUUCACUGGAGAGGCGCUGCACAGUUUUCCCUCUACACGCAUCACCCAUUCAGCGAAGCGGGAGGAGAAAUGGAAGGGGCUUCGUUUCUCCUGCCGCUUCGCUGAAGGGGCGCUGAGCAGAGAGGUGGAGAAUUUUUUUUCCUGUUCUCCCCCUCCUAUGGCCCGGUGUGUCCUAUAGAGUGAAAAAUACGGUAAAUAACGUCCGGGUAGACCAGGCCAAGGCUUGUGUGUUCGAGAAUCCCAGCAACCAAACAUUUAUUUUAAAAGGGAAGAAUCCCAGCAAACAAAUGUCGAUGUGGCUGGUUGGGGCUUCGCCUGGGCUUGAACCAAUUGGGGUCCUGUCAGAAGGCAUUUAAUAACUAAAAAAAAUCCUUGUGAUUUUCUUCUCUUAAUUGCAGCUCGACGACUCGGAGGAGAGCGAAGAUGAAGAAGCCGCUGGUGGCGCAAAGAAUUCUGGGAAGGGGGCGUCCAAAGGAGGGAGCAGGAAAUACGUCCCGCCCCGCCUGGUUCCUGUACAUUAUGGUAUGCAAUUUGGGUGGCGGUAGAGGAAGGUUGGUCUGGCAUUGCUAACCAGAGCUGGGAUGCGGUGCUGGCAAAUUUGCCCUUGCCCCACCCCAGAAGUGGCUGGUAGUUGGCUGCGUCAGGCCGUGUCAGACUGUUGCAUCUCUUUGCCUCAGAUGAAACGGAAGCUGAGAGGGAGAAGAAGCUUCUGGAGCAGGCCAAAAAGCGAGCGCUCAGCAGCUCCAUCAUCUGGGAGCUGAAGGAGCAGUACUCGGAUGCCCCGGAAGAGGUCCGCGAAGGGCGCUACGCUCACGCCAGCCGGCAGAGCCGAGAGGAUGAGCACCGGUUAGUUUGGAGGGGUGGGGAGUCCUGGGGAAGAGAGGGGCAGAAGUUGAGGGUGUCUUGGCAAGUGGAAGGGCUGUGAGAAGCCAGGAAGAGCUCUGGGGCUGGGUGAAGCCAAAGCCCGUCUUAGUCCAGCAGCCUGUUCUCACUGUGGUCCAGAAAAUGGCAAUGUGCUGUCCUCCCUUGUGAAUCCAAAGAACUUAUUUUGAGGCACAGCGGUGGUAGGAAAGACAGUGGUCCUUUGGUUCUCAAACGCCUUGGUACUCAAACAAUUUGGAACCCAAACACUGCAAACCUGGAAGUGUUCCGGUUUGUGAACUUUUUUCGGAAGCUGAACGUGCUCCAUUUUGAGUGCCACACUUCCAUUUUGAGUGUUACGCUGAGGUCUGCCUGUUUUUGCUAUUUAUUUUGCGUUUUUGCUUCUGCGGCUCUUUUUUGUUUUGUUUUUGUGAUUGUGUGGAACCCAGUUCAGCAACUGACUGAUUGAUUGUGUGACUGCAGUACAUUGUUUAUUGCUUUCAUUUUAUGGAUCAGUGGUCUCGUUAGAUAGUAAAAUCCAUGUUGAAUUGCUGUUUUAGGGGUUGUUUUUAAAAGUCCGGAACAGAUUAAUCCAUUCUGCAUUGCUUUCUAUGGGAAAGUGUGCCUUGGUUUUGGAACGCUUUGGUUUUGUAAUGGACUUCUGGAACGGAUUAAGUUUGACAACCAAGGUACCACUGUAGCCGGUUUGGACUCUUCCACAUCUUGUGGUGGUGAAUUCCAUAGGCCAUCGCCCAUGGAUUCUGGUAUGAAAAGACGCCACAUGACGCCUAAUUUUCUGCACUUCUUCUGGUUCUCUUCCCCUCCCCCCCCAAGUGUCUGAGGGUUGUGGGUUUUCUCAGAGCAGAGCGUGGGUGUUGCAAGGGAUUCUGGGGGCUGUUUUCAGACAGAGGGUGGAGCAUGCUGGGAGAUCGAGCUUCCGGGCUCCACGCCAGAUCUGCAAAAGCCACAGGCCCUGUUGGAAGGUUGGAGAGACUGCCUUUCGAAGUCUUGUUAGCCAGUCUAGUCCAGCCCCUGCUGAGUGCAGGGAUUCUGGAGUUUGAGCCUCCGUAGCUGCUGGCUGCUUUAAGAAAAAAAUCACAUUUUGAAGCAGUUUUCAGAAGACGUCUGAAAGUAGGCAGGGUUGAUUCCUGCCAAACCCCCAAGUGGCAGGGAGUUCCAAAGGGCACUAAAAGGGCAAUCCCUAGUGAAGGCCGACCGGACCUCAGGGGUUCUGGGAAGUGCCAGAAGUGCCUCCUCAGAGGAUCUCUGGAUAUCUCUUAUCGGGGAGAGGCUUGUGCUAUCCACGGCAACUAGUCCCGCCUCUGAGCUGCUCUUCCGGCCAGGAAGAUGAUCUCCAUGUUCAAGUGAGCGGUGUGUGUCCAUAAGAGAUCUUUCUAUUGGUCCACAGCGGCUGGUGGAGCAGCCACAUUCAGAGGCAGCGUACCUGCUAAAGCCGGUCACCUUGAGUUUCAGUAACAAUUUUCCCUGCCUUCCCCAUGGCUUCAUUCUGCAGGACGAACUACGAGGAGAGCAUGAUGGUCCGUCUCAACGUGACCCGGAAGGAGAAGGCGCGCCGUCGACGAGUGGGGGACCUGGGCUCGCAGCUCAGCUCCCUCACACACUUCGGGGACAUCACCGCGUUGACCGGGGCAGCAGCCCCAUCGGGAGAGGUGAGUCGUGGGUGGGUGGGCGGCUCUUGCCUGAAUCGCAGGAAGUAGAAAUUUGGGAGGUAUUCAUGCAAGUUCCGCUUUCUGAACUCAGUGCAUUCGCUAGAAAUUGUUCGUGAUGCGAGUGUUUCCAUAGGGAAAUUUCUAGUGCGUUCCCGACUGUGGGAACUCUGGGAAUUGUAGCUUGGAGAGGCGAAUAGGGGCCUCCUAACAGCAUCAUCAUCAUCAAUAGUAAUAGUAUUUAAACCCCAGCCACUCUGGGCAGCUUCCAGCAAGAUAUUAAAAAUAUGAUAAAACAUCAAACACUAAAAACUUCCCUAAACAGGGCUGCCUUCAGAUGUCUUCUAAAAGUCAGAUACUUGUUUAUUUCCUUGACAUCUGAUGGGAGGGCGUUCCACAGGGCUGGUGUCACCACCAAGAAGGCCCUCUGCCUGGUUCCCUGUAACUUUGCUUCUCGCAGGGAGGGAACUGCCAGAAGGUCCUCAGAGCUGGACCUCAGUGUCUGGACUGAACGAUGGGGGUGGAGACACUCAGGGCCAAGGAUGUUUAGGGGUUUCAAGGUCAGCACCAACACUUUGAAUUGUGCUCAGAAACGUACAGGGAACCAAUGUAGGUCUUUCAGGACCGGUGUUAUGUGGUCUCGGCGGCCACUCCCAGUCACCAGUCUAGCAUCCGCAUUCUGGAUUAGUUGUAAAUAACAAAGCAGUAUCAUGCUGCUUUGCGUCCCGGAGAUGGAACCAGUGUCCUGUCCCGUUUGGUUGCCGGAGAGAUGGCGCCAUAAAAUGUUCCCGCCAUUCACUUUUCAAAUGACAUUUGGCUAGGCCUGCUUUGUGUAGGUGAGCCACAAAGCUAAGGGUCGCUUGACGGUCUGCUUAAGCAGCUAACAGCCAAUUCAACAAUCUCUGGCUGCACCUCAGAAGAUGCGAUUUAAAAUGCCGUUUGAUGACAGCCUGCAGUUCCGUGUAAGGUUUUCAUGUUUUCUUUCCUCGCAUUCCCGCCUUUCAGGAUUUGGGCCCCCAGAGGAAAAAGAAGAAAAAGGUCGGCAUGAAACGAGGAAAGCAGAAAAGAGGUAAGUGCCAUUGAAAGAUUCUGGUUUUCUUGGCGAGGCGAAGCACACCCUCGUCCACACAGAGGCCCUGUCAAACCCUACACUUAAAGCUCUUUGAUACCACUCUUGGGCAGCCAGGAAUUUCCUUGAAGGACUCCUGAGAAAUGUUGUUUGUCAAGCGUGCUGAGAAUUAUUCCUUUCCCGGAACUACAGUUCCCAGUGUGCUUUAACAUUCGGUCCCUCUUUCCAGGGAACUCUGGGAAUUGUAGUUCUGUGGAGCAGGGGGAAGUAGGGGUUUCCCAGCAACCCUCAGCGCCCUUAAACUACAAUUCCCAGGAGUCUCUGGGGGAAGCCGUAACUGUUUAUAAAGUGCUGGGGGUACUGCUUUAAAAGCACGCUGCUUGAUGUGGCCGGAUGAAAAGCAGGUUGGUAAAAUUUGUACCUGGAGGGUACAAAAAAAACUUUGCCGGAAGCUGUUUUGUAGCACCUGAACCUACCCCCUCACCCCAGGUCCCCCUUCUUGAUGCCAGUUCCUCACAGAGGUCUUAGCUGCAUGAGAUAACCCAUGUACACGUCCUGUCCUCUCCUCUAUACUAACUCACUCUUUUUUUCUCUCUCUUUCUCUUUCUCGUUCUACCCCACCCCAGGUUUCCGCAAGAGGCGAUAACCCCCUCACAGUACUUGGGACCGAUCUCUGCAACCCCCAAUAUCUCGGGAUUUUUCACAUCCGUUAGAUUUGGUAACAAUAAAGCUCAAGCGCUCGUUUCUCUUUCCCCUGUCAAACAAAAAA